AUGGGUGGCCAUGACGAUGAAGAUAUGCCAUAUGUUGUAAACAAACAAAAACAAGACGAAGAGCUCAAGAACAAGCUGAAUGACAGCACUCUCUGGUGUGACCAGGAGUCCACUGGCAACAAUGCCAAGUGGGUCAAAGAAGGCCGGAACCAGCUGCGGAAAGUAGCCGAGAACCAACAGGACCAGGACCACAAUUGCAACAUCAGUCAGAAUGGGAACAAGGAAGACUUCCCGCACCAGAACACCACUCAGGAAGAACAACAGGGAAACGAGGAGCAGACCAAGUCUCCCAAGAUAGCAAUGACCCCUGGUCUCAGCGAGGAGGAGUCCAAGAACAUCCUUUAUCAGCCCAAACUCAUCGAUACUCUGGAGUCUACAGAAGAGAAAGAGAGAGAAGAAGAUGUUAAAGAGAAGGACAAGACAUCAGAAGAGGAAGAUGAUGAAGAUACAUCGGGUCACAUCCGAGGAGAGGCGGUGACCCAAGAACCGGUGGACGUGGAGACUCAGAGAGAGGGCAGUCUUGUUGGCCGAAAUGCCUGCCUCCUGUUCUCCAACGUCAACGGGACACCAAAUGACGAGGAGCCCGGCUGGCCGGCACCGUCUCAGGACAACGCAGCCGACAGCUCUCCAAAUGGCAACAAAGAGUCCUUUUGGGAUUCCAGUGCCUUUGAGACCGACACGGACCUGCCUUCAGGGUGGAUGAGGGUCCGAGAUACAACCGGCACAUACUACUGGCACAUCCCCACAGGCACCACCCAGUGGGAGCCUCCUUCACCACUGGGUAAAGUCGGCGACUCCAUGAUGUCCUCGACCAUGUCCCUGGAGACUACGCCCUGUGAGGAGACCGAGGAAUCCUGGGCUCACCUUUCCAGCACAGAUGAAGGAGUCUGUGAAGGGGAACUGUGGAAUGAGGAGGCUGAGGUUGCAUCUGAUCAAAGUCUGAAGGAGUUUGAAGGGGCAACUCUUCGCUAUGCGUCAAUAAACCUGAACUACAAUUGCUCCCAGUCUGAGGAAGAGGAGAAGCUUGCUCCGCUCUGCACAGAUUUAGAAACUAAGUGCUUUGCAGUGCGUUCCCUGGGCUGGGUAGAGAUGUCUGAGGAGGACAUGGUGCCCGGCAAGAGCAGUGUUGCUGUCAACAACUGCAUCAGACAGCUUUCUUAUCACAAACACAACCUUCAUGACACCGCCGGCAUCUGGGGAGAGGGAAAGGAUAUGCUGAUGGUCCUGGAGAAUGACAACAUGAACCUGAUCGACCCACUGGGACAGACUCUGCUUCACGCUCAGCCUAUUUGCAGCAUCCGUGUUUGGGGCGUCGGCAGAGACAACGGCAGGGAAAGGGAUUUUGCGUAUGUGGCUCGAGACAACCUGACUCAAGUCCUGAAGUGUCAUGUUUUCCGCUGCGACUCGCCUGCCAAGAACAUCGCCACCAGCCUACACGAGAUGUGCUCAAAGAUAAUGAUGGAGAGAAAGGCCAGCAGGCCGGGGGUGAGCAGACUCAGCUCCGACCCGAAUAACCCUGUGGUCAUCCCAAUUGAAGAGUUUCCUGCUCCGAAAAAUGAACUCUUCCACCGCUUUACCGUCUAUUACCUUGGUUGUGAGGCUGUGGCUAAGCCAGUUGGUAUGGAUAUAAUCAACGACACGCUCGCAGCAGCAGUUAACGGCAAAGUUAAAACUGACUGGACUCCUGUGUCAGUGAAUAUCGCACCAGCCACCCUCACAAUACUCUCAAAGCAGAGUGAGGAGGUGCUGUCGGAGUGCCGGGUGCGUUUCCUGUCUUUCAUGGGGGUGGGAAAGGACGUCCACACUUUUGCUUUCAUCAUGGCUGAGGGUCCCCAGGAUUACACCUGUCACAUGUUUUGGUGCGAACCCAACGCAGCCAGCCUGAGUGAGGCUGUACAGGCGGCGUGCAUGCUUCGUUACCAGAAAUGUCUGGACGCGCGUCCGCCCGGCCUGGCCUCCUGCCUGCCCACUCCCCCGGCUGACUCCGUGGCUCGACGGGUCAAGAAGGGGGUGCAGAGUCUGCUGGGCAGCUUUAAGAGCUACAGGUCAGGCCCUCAAUCCCCGUGAGAUGGCGUGAAGAUGGCCCCCAGUCCAUUAAACACGAGGUCCGUCUCCACAGACCCGUCUCCAUGUCACUCCUCCGCCUCAUCUUUCUGCCACAGUUGCGCCUCACGGCCGUUUUGCUUGUCUAGCCGUUGGUCUGGUGUGUGUGGAAUAGUUUGUGAGGAAAAAUAGAUUGCAUUUAUUUCCUAUUUUGGCUUUUACUUUAUACACCAACUUUAAACUCCAAUCUCCAAACAGAUGAAACCCUGGCCUCCAUUUGUUUUCUUUGCCGGGAUUCUUUCUGUGAGUCUUAACUAUUUUUGUGUUUUAACAGAAACAAUGCCAUGAAUGUUGAAUAUGGAUGUAAUAUAUAUUUACAUGCAAACGCUUAGAAUUUGCUUGAAAAAGGGGUUGCUAGAUUCUCUCUCGGAAAUGGUCCUGUUCCCUUUUCUUCCUCGGGCGGCAUUAUCAUCGCCCCCGCUUCCCCUCUCUUCUACUUUCAAACAAGGCACUGCAACGUAGUCCUUGUCAGUUGGUGGGAAAUCUCCUAAUAUUGAUUAUCUAACACACCAUUGCACCUCUCUGCUCAUCGCCCUAGGUUGUAACUGUAAGCGGCGCCCCGUAUUUGAACGUCCCAGACUGUCCCCGACGAUGUAUUUUAGUCUUCCAAAGAACUGUAAGGUCAUCUGUCACAUCUGUAGUGAGCAACCACUGAUCUGAGUGUAGUGUAUGUGUGUGUGUGUGUGUGCGCGUGCCUCAUACAUUCUGCAUGAACAUUUGCAAGUUCAGUGCUAGUGUGCAAUAAUCGGAUGUUCCUGUGCGGUGAGGCGACGGCUGCCUCCGGAUUUUAUUCCUUCACUUUAAUGCGAGUGUCCGGCUGGAUUUGGAUGCGAGGCUGACGGAACAAGAGAGCCAUGUUGAACACCAUUAACAGUCAUUUAUCACCCACAACUACUGAAUAGUACUGUAGAAACUCACCACAAGCUGCAUGUUUUGAUAGCUUAGAGUUCUUGCUGCUUGCAGCAGCGUAGUGCUUGAGACCCAUCAAUGUAUCCUCUAAAUUCCGUCUCUGUUUUUCCGUUGUGGUGAGAGCAGGCUAGAGGUGAUGUGUUGUUACGUGUUUCAAAGGCAUGUCGGUGUCGGUGUUUAUCAUAAUCUAGCAGUAGAAAGUUAGCCGUCCUGCGAGUUCCUUCACACUGAAAAGAUGAGAGCAGGUUGAUGUUUGUAUUUACAGUUUGUGUAUUUGGAAACCGUGAGAUGAUUUCUCCAGUGGUUUACAUUUUUACUUUUUCCUUGGCCACCUUUUGACAUGUGUGAGCUUUGGCAAAUCUACACUUAAUGUAUUUUUUUUAUGGUUUCCACACCUUACGGUGUACACAAUUAAGAUGAUAUUCACGUUAGUUGGUUAGAUUUCCUUUCUUUAUAAAGAAAACACUAAUUAGCCAAGUUGUCUGUCCGUGAUAAAUACUGUAUGUAGCACAAUAAUAGUCACCUCUAAGGUUAAAGACGCAGUUUGUACGAUUUCUUGGGAAUGUUGGGAAUCUCUGCAGAGCGUUUGUUUGCCCUCGUUUAGACUUUGGUAGCUACGUUCAACAAAACAAAGUUCAACAAAAUCUCUUAACAAAUAUUGUGAAAUGAAUGUAUAGACAUGCAUAAGAAAUACGACGUUGGGUUUAGAGGACAAGAAUGCAUCUAUGAAACAGUGGUUUCAUAACAGAGAACAUUGUGUCCACUAUAUCAUGCUGUGUCUAACUGCUGCGUAAUGAUACAUAUUUGGUUUAGUUAAAGCCAUUUUUACGUAAUCUCGAUUUAUUUACCUGCUAGCAGGGCUUUUACAUUUUCUGGAUGUUUCUUUUUUUAUUCUUCGACAAAAUGGAUAUUACUACAUAUAUUUAUUCAAAUAUAGUUUCUGAAAAGAAGUCUCCAUGGAAGAUAUAUUCCCCGUUUGAAACAUGCAUUGGAAUUAAUCCCACAUUUAGAGGCGCGUUCCAAGCGAUGAAGAAAGAAUACGCUGCUUUGUGCUGACUGGCCUCUCUUAAAGAAACCUCCCGUUAUCGGAUGUUUUAAACAUUUUAGAAGUUCUCACUAACACUCUUACCAACUGCUUCUUUAUAUGUGUAUGGUGUGUGUGUGUAUAUAUAACACUAAUGAAAGUUAGUCUACAUUGACUCAAAUUACUGCCAUGUCAUGUGUCACUUGGGAUUUUGCUGUAAAACCCAGAUGAGUUAAAGAACAUUUAGCAGAUUAAUUUAUUUCUGUUCAUGUAAAUUAGGGGAAUAAAAUGUAUGUAUAUAAAAGUCACUGCACAAUAAAUGUGAACAUAUCAUACCCGA